ACUUCUGCUGUGAGCGCGGCGCGCGGAGGGCUGCGGCGGCGCGGCGGCGGCGAGCGAUCGCACCUGCUCAGUGACCCAGUGCCGGCGCCGAGCGGCGGACAGUGAACCCGACCGGCCGAGCGAGUGGCCGACCGCCAGCGGUCACCGGCCGGCCAGCAGCGCGCACAGUUGAUGUGGACCGCGGAGAACGGCUGCGGACAGAGAACGGUCUCGGCCGAGACCAUGGAGGGCUAUAUCAAAGUCCAGAGGCCCGGGGAGCUGCAUUCGGAUGAGACGCUGGCGCGCUAUGUCCCAGGUAAGCAUCCGGUCGUUCACUGGAGGGUUCCAGAGUCGCUCACGUCCCUCGGCAGCUCAUUUUCAGCAGGCAUGAUGACGGUGCCCGUGCUGCCGUACGACGCCAGCCGUAUGAGCCUCUUCCAAGAUCUCAAGCUGAAGCGCCGGAAGGUGGACUCAAGGUGUAGCAGCGACGGCGAGAGUCUGGCGGAUACGUCGACCAGCUCUCCCGACAGCGGCCAUUCGGCGGGUGGCGGCGCCUCCUCGCCCCACCUGCACAGCGACGCGCCCGUCUCACCGGCCAAAGACAGGGAGACCCCGGAGCCGGCGGCCGUCUCCCGCUCGUCGCCCGUCUCGUGUCUGGCGCCGGCGCCGUCCGAUCAGACCGAGCUGCCCGAGCCGGGCAUGACGGCGCGACCCGACCAGCACCGCACCAAGCCGACCAACGGCGCCGGCCGGCCGGCCAGCCGCGGGCCCGCCGGCGCCGACGAGCGGCCCGCCAGCCGCGGCUUCGUCACCGGCUCGCCGUCGUCGCACCAGCUGAGCCCGCGGCCGCAGCCGGCGGCGGCCAGCCCGCGCAUCCACCCGGCGGCGCACGCCCGGUUCCCGGCCGAGCCGCUGCGGCCGGCCAGCUCCCCGUCCCCGGCUGAGACGCCCGUGUCAGCCGCCUACUGGAGCCACAUGGCGGCCACCGCCUACCGGCUCAACGGCAUGCGACCGAGCAACGGCGCGCCGCCGCUGCCGCUGCCGCCGCCGCCGGCGCCGGUGGCCAGCGAGCAGCCGCGGCUGCGCACGCCGCAGGUGAUCAUGGGCGAGCACGGCGGCGUGCGGACAAUGGUGUGGACGUGCCCGGAGCCGAGCACGCCGCCGGCGCCGGCGCCGUCGGUGCCGCUCUCCUACAGCGAGGAGCAGAUGGUGCGCCUCUCUGUGGACAGCCUGCUCAGCCUGGGCCAGGAGCGGCGGCUCUCCUCUGCCUCGUCGGCGCACACGCCGCCGCACCUGUCGCCCACCAGCUCGGUGACCAUGUCGCCGUCCCCCCGAUCUCCUUACCACCCGUCCGUCAUCACGCCGACGCCGCCCGCGCCGGCGCCGACCGUCUCAGCGGCGCACGAGCUGUCGCCGUCGGCGGCCCCCUCGCGGUCCCAGCCGACCAGCGAGGCGCUCGACAUGUCCAAGUUCUGGGGCCAGACCCAGGCGUUAAACCUGACCACCAGCUGGGCGCAACGCUCAGCGCCAGAGCCGUCGACGUCGAUGCAGCACUACGACGACAACGACGAGCACCCGAUGAUCUGCAUGAUCUGUGACGACAAGGCCACCGGUCUGCACUACGGUAUCAUCACCUGCGAGGGAUGCAAGGGCUUCUUCAAGCGAACCGUGCAGAACAAGCGGGUGUACACGUGUGUGGCAGACGGCAACUGUGAGAUCACCAAGGCGCAGCGCAACCGCUGUCAGUUCUGCCGCUUCCAAAAGUGUCUCAAGAUGGGCAUGGUCCUGGCAGCGGUUCGAGAGGACCGAAUGCCGGGUGGAAGGAACUCGGGCGCCGUAUACAACCUUUACAAGGUCAAGUACAAGAAACAUAAAAAGAAGCAGCUGAACGGCACAAUGAAGACUGACUGCAAGCCCAAGGCGUUAGAGAUGCAAACUUCCGUGCCGCCCGGCCUGUUCGCUGCCGGCAACAUUCUAAAAACGGCGCUCACCAACCCGACAGAGGUGGACCACCUGCGGCACCGGAUGGAGAGCGCCGUCAGCUCGUCCCGCUCUCUGCCCUACGAGGCCACCGCGUCACUCGUCCGCACCCUCAUCGACUGUGAUAACUUCGAGGACAUCGCCACGGUAAAGAACCUAAACGAAAUCUUCGACAACAAGUCGGACAUCUCACAGAAAUUGUGUCAUAUCGGAGACUCCAUAGUCUACAAGCUGGUGCAGUGGACGAAACAAUUGCCUUUUUACUCAGAGAUUCCCGUGCAGGUUCACACCCAGCUCCUGACGAGCAAGUGGCACGAGCUGCUGGUGCUGACGACGUGCUCCUACCAGGCGAUCCGCGGCCUGCGACCGGCGCUCACCAUCACCUCGGACCACACUCAGACCGAGUUUCAGCAGGAGGUGGCCACCAGUCUGAGCACGCUGCAGACCUGUCUCUCGAACAUGAUGAACGAAGCGAUCUCGAUGGAGCAGCUGCGGCGCGAGGUGGGCGUCAUGAUCGAGAAGAUCACGCUGGUGACGGUGAUGCUGCGCAGCCUCGGCAUCACCAUGCAGGAGUACGUCUGUCUCAAGGUCAUCGCGCUGCUCAAUGACUCGUCGUCUUUAUACGCCAACUCUGAGCGGAUCGAGGAGCGCUACCGCAACUGUCUGCGCUCGUACGUGAUGCACGAGUUUCCCGAGCAGCCGACCCGCUUCCAGCAGCUGCUCGCCCGUCUCCCGGAGAUUCGGGAGGCGGCGGCGCUGCUCCUGGAGAGCAAGAUGUUCUACGUUCCGUUCCUGCUGAACUCGACCAUCCAGCGGUAGUUGGCCGGCCCCGGACACACACUGGCGCCUAGCACGCCGCCUCACUCACGCUGAGAGCGAACGCAACGAGCGAAAGGGAGCGAAAGCAGAGCGAGAGGGAGAGAAAGGGGCGACAGCGCGCCGCUGACCGCACAGGGUGUGAAGACUGUCUCCAUACGGACGGGCGGCGCGGGCGGCGGCGCCCCGAGGUGGAGGCGGCGCCGCCCGGCCCCCGGUCUCCGGCAGCAAUAGCGGGGCGGCGCGCAGCUCCGAAUCAAAACGGCGCCGCCCCGACCGCCGCCGGACUAGUCAAUUGUGGAGCGGAUGUCCUCACGAGUUACCGUACCGCGCUGUGGUCCUCUGCCAUGUUUUAUACUAGUCGGCCGCCCCAGUCACGGGGGCGGCCUCGGAAAUUCGUGUUGAGUUGUCCCGCGGUGGACGCGUUACCAACCCUCUCCGGCGCCGACUCCGACGCACGCGCGAAUUGCCCGGCGUCGGGUGUGGAAAUUGUUGCUCGGUUAUGUUGUUGUUUGUUCCCGGUUGAUCUGCGUUCUGUUGCCGGUACGGUCGGGAGUGUACAUAGCACGCCGGAGUAGCUGAAAUAUCGAGUAUUUAUCACGAGUGUUAUGUCUAGAGGAGCGAGAGGGGGCGCCGUGCCGAGUGCGGGCGCCCCUAGCGUGUACAGCGUGUGUACUAGGCUUGUCUAAGUGCCGUGUGUGUUGGGGGUCAUCUCGCUCCGAGGGGCGAGCGGUGGCUUGCCACCCAUUAUUUUUAUUCUUUAUUCUUAUUCAAGUACAACGGUCGUGGCGGUAGCGUUUUGGCUGCGUUUUGGGCGUGUUCCGAGUGAAUGUGAGUGGGCAGCCGUCAACUUUAGUUACCAGUGUGACGAGACCAAAGUUUGAGUUACCACAAUCUAGGGCGGCGGCAGUGUGCGGUUGCAAGUGCGCCCAGGUCGGUGGGCCAAACACGUUUUCUACGAGUAUCCGAUCAUUUCUUUCUAAUUUUGUACCCAUUCGCUGUGGUGAUUGUAACUUUUUAUUGUUACGUGGACGCGACACAAUUUUGUACAGCAUCGUGAUGUAUGUUUAUAUUCAAUGAUUGUGUGCAUUUAUGUAUGUUCCUACGCAAAAGAGGAAAUAUACCACUAAAAAAUAUUGACGA